UUGUCGUCUGUUACUUUUCAAUGAUGGUACGAGGCAGAUAUCUUUAAAGAAUAACUUCUCUCUCAUCAGCAAUCUGCAUCUUUUAGGUCGAUCGUUCCGUGAGAUACUAUUCUCCCAGAAUGUCUAUGUCAGGGAUUCGAUCAUGGCUCAAGUCUUGGAUGCCUGGGGAUUCUACAAGGGGCCCACUUGAAAAAGACUGGCAGUUAGUUGUUACAGAUUCCCUAAUUUUGGAGUUGGAAACCCAACUAAGGGAUUUGGAACAACAUUACUGGGAAAUGGAGCAGGAAGAACGCAGACAACAAACAGGAGUUGAUUACAGCUGGCUCGUUAGUAAUGAAACUCGUACAUAUCAAAUACCUCAUGUUGAACGUAUGCAACUUGUUAGUUUGUGCCAAUUGGUUAAACCUGAAGAAUGCAGUUGUAUAAUAAAGUCAUUCCGUAAUUGUCUGCUCCAAGAACCUCCACUUACUGAAGUCACAGCCUUAUUCAAACUUUGCAUUACACAGAUUCUUGAAGAACGCCCCAAAGAAGAAACAUUCACAGAAUGGGUAAGCACACGGACGGCUAACUUGAUAAAUAACAUGAAACAACUUCGUCCAAGUCCACAAGUCUCACCUAUCAAUGAUGACAUAGACAUUGAAAAACAACAGGAAUCCUACCCUCUCACCUCAUUUGAUUCCAUGCUUUAUUAUAAAAAUGGAGGUCAGAAUAUUUAUGAUUUCACCUACAAUAAGCAGUCACAGUUUAUAUGAGUGUACUUUACAUAUGACCUCAUCAUUUCUUGUUGUCCUUUAAGUUUGGUGCCAUUAUCAUGUUGAAGCAAGCUGCUAUUUUUAAACAUUUCCUUGGUGUUGGAACUGCUCUCUUCAUGGCAGUACGUUUAAACCUUUAGCAUUUGAAUUACUCUGUGAAAUGUAAUGCUUAUUUAUUCACACUGUUUUGAAUUAUUUAUGCAUUAUCUCAUAGCUUUAAGACGUUGAUGAUGUGAUUGUUUAUUUUUAGAAUGACAUUGUAGGGUAGGUGUGAGAGGCACGAUCUGGAUAGUUUAAAUGCUAAAGGGUUUAACACUGGUUACUCUUAUUCCGGACAAAUACGGUGUCACUAGAUAUCUUUUUGUGAGUUAACAUGUAUUAAAAUAUAUCAUAUAUAUAUAUAUAUAUAUAUAUAUAUGUGUGUGUGUAUGUGUAAUAAUAAUAAUGUUAGUCAGAAGAAAUGAAGGGACUGUUCCUCAGCUUAUUUAUAUGCAGGCACAGUAAGUCUUCAUAUUUUCCAAGAAAUGAAAUAAAACAGAAUAUUUAUGUUAUUAAAUUUAAGAAUUUUUCAUCUAGUGCUUGAGAAUGUUUGUGCAAUAGAGACACAAUUCCUUCAUUUCUUCUGACUAACCUUUAUUAUUAUUACCAAUAUAUUAUUCUGUAUAAUACCAAAAAUGUUUUAUUCUUUCCUCCUGUACAUAUAUAUACAUAUAUAUUAUGUAGAUGGGGUUCAAAUCUCAGCCAUGUCCUCUUGAAGCACAUUUGCUUAUUUCAGUAUUCCAAAUCCUUAUUUAGAUGUUAUAUUUGUGUGAAGUAUGCACUAGAGUUGAAAGGACUGGAAAAUAUUUUCUGCCAAGUAAUGAUAUCAAAACAGGAGUUUGGAAAAUUUGAACGUGUUUCAUUUUCAAAUUAAUUGGAGUUACAAAAUUGUACAUGAAGGAGAAACAUGUUAGUUAUUUCCCCUAUUAAAAAUUCUUCAGGCAGAGAAUCAAAUAAUACCAAUAUUAUUUGGUUCUCUGUCUGAAGAAUUUUUAAUAGAGAAUUUCCAUGUUUCUCCUACAUGUACAAUUUUGUAACUUCAAUUACCAUAUUUAAUGGCUUAUAAGAUGUACCCUUUUUUUUUUACCCAAAAAUGGCUUAAAUAUCCCUCCUGUGUCCAAUGCACUCAAUGUAGGCUCAAAACUAACCCAAAACAGUAUGUAUGUUUACAAAACAUGUGCUGCCAUCUAUUGGUGAACCAUCACCUACAGUAUGUUUAUAUCGAAUGUGGAUGCAAUGAAUUGCUUAUAAUUACUGGUAAUAACUUAAAGUUAUACAGGUAAGUGGAGGAACUAAAACAUUAUUUUAGUGGUAAUUUAUUUUACAAAAAUAUAACCAAGGCUAGGCUGCAUCCUAUGCCCUCCUGCGUCUUAUUGGCCAUGAAAUUCUGUAAUUUGAAAAUGAAGCAUGUUUAAUGGUGAACAAAUAAUAGCAAAAACUUCCUUCUAUCUUUUCUUCUGUUGAAAUGUAAACAUCAGUGGUUUUGUUAUCAUUAAUUUAACCAUCUCUUUUUUGUUUUUUGUCAGUUUACUAUUGUUUAAUACAAACUGAAUCAGUUGAGCACGGAAUAAAAGGCAUUGUGGUAUCUGGGGUGCUGAACUAUUUCUGAGGUUGACUUUGGUUUUAGCCUUUUCCAGGUGGGAGUGAUAAAAUAUGUACCAGUAAAAUACUGGGGUUGAUUUAAUCAGGUGUGCUCUCUCACACAAUUUUUGACCUUGUGGCAAAGUUGGGAAUCAAUAUUGCAACUUCAAACAAGAUUGUAAAUGGCAGAAAUAUUAGAAUCACAGACAAAAUACUUUGUAAUAUUUUGAUCUACGUCGCCACAUUGCGAUUUCAAAUUUAAUCAAGGUCAAAUUUGUCCUUUGACUAUCCAAGGUCAAUAAAUAGAAUGUCUGUCAGAUUCAGUUGACCAUUUCCCUACCAGUGUCUGGCCUUGUGGCAAUGGAAGAAACCGAUAUUUAUGAUAUCCAAUUCUAAGAAAUGAAGAAUUUAAGUCAUUUUAUAUUGAGGACACUGGAAUAGAGAAUCUGAAACAUAAUAAGAUCUUUAACUCUUUCACUCCUACCCACCUGAGACAGUACCUGGUUAUAUGACACAAACUUCUUGUUUUAAAAGUGAUCUCAACUAAAAAAUCUUCCUCUAAACCUCAUAUCAGUUCAUGUUCUAAACAUCAGCUUUAGUUAUUUUAUCAAGUUCUUUGUUAUAUUCAAAAUUGCUGUAAACAAAGACAGCAACAAAAGGAUGAAAUGUCUGUUUAUGGUGUAAAAAUCAGUUUGAAAUGAGGUGGAAAAUGUGAAGGCGAUAGGAACUUUAUGAUUCAAGAGUUUUGCUUUCUCUUUCUCUCUUUAUAUAUAUGUGUGUGUGUGUGUAUAUAUAUGCAUACAUAUAUACAUACAUCAUCAUCAUCAUCAUUUAACAUCUGUGUUCCAUGCUAGCAUGGGUGGGAUGGUACCACAAAAUCUGGCCAGGCCAAAGCCUGCACUAGACUUCUGUGACUGUUUUGGCAGGAUUUUUACAGCUGGAUGCUCUUCCUAACACCAACCACUCAUACACACACACACACACACAUAUGUAUGUGUGUGUGUGUAAUCAAGAUGGUGUGGUUGGCCAGAUCUGGAUUAUAUCAGUGUUAAUAAGGUACCUGCCUGGAUUCCAAAUCCCUAUUCCUUUACUAUUUAUACUUGGAAACAGGUGGUGGUUGGUGAUGAGAAAAGCAUCCAACCAUAGAAAAUCUGCUUUGGUGAAUUUCACCCGACCCAUGCUAGCAUGGAAAAAUGGACAUUAAAACAUGAUGAUGAUAUAUUAGCCAUUUGCUGUUGUACAACACAUUGGUCCAUUUAUGUUCACCAUUUGUGAUUUCUUUGGCCAGUUUUUAAUAGCAUGCGACAUGAGAAGGGGCAACAGCUAGCAACCUACUUAACAUUCUCUCCCCACAUAUAUAUAUACAUACAAACAUGCAUAUAUAUGAAUAUGUGUGUAUAUAUACACACACACACAAACACACAUGCUCAUAGAUGAAAGGAUGGCUGUGUGGUAAAGAUGUUUGGCUUGCAACAUGUGGCUUUGAGAAAUCUGGUAAUGAAAGGGUUGCAAAUCGUAUCUUCUUUACUUGAUUAAUUCCUUGGACUGUGACUGUGCUCGGCACCACCUUCACAGCUUUGGUCAAACAAAUGAAUCCCAGUAAUUAUUCUUAAGUCUGCUACUUUUCCUAUUAAUUUCUUUUGAUGAGCUGCAAAUACAAAGACACACACACACGUAUAUAUGUAUAUAUAUAUAUAUAUAUAUAUAUAUAUAUAUAUAUAUAUAUAUAUAUAUAUAUAUAUAUAUAUAUAUAUAUAUAAAUAUAUAUACACACACACACACAUUUAUAUAUAUAUAUAUAUAUAUGACAGGCUUCCACACAGUUUCUAUCAACCAAAUUCACUACCAAGGGCUAUAGUAGACGGCACCAACCCAAGGUGCCUCUUGGUUUCAAAACAGGCUUCUUUUAACCCCACAGCCGUGCCAGCACCUGGGAAAAUUACUUUGAGCUAUACUUUGUAAACGGUGAUUUAAAAGUUAUAUUUUUAUUUCACAUAUCCAUAAUAUCACUAGAAUAUAGCAAGAGGCAAGACAGGAAUUUAUAACAUGACUGACCAACUUCACACGGAUUCUAACAACAAAAGUGAAAUGGUUUUGAGAAUAGGCAGCAGAUUUGGCUUCUUGAGAAAUGGCCACCAUUCUAUGGCAUCCAUUCCACAUAUCACAAAAUAUGCUUUCAUGAAGAAAAAUAUGUAUGUAUGUGUAUAUAUAUAUCUAUAUCUAUCUAUAUAUAUAUAUUGAGAGAGAGAGAACGAAAAAAGAUUAGUUACCAGAAUCACUAGAAUCUAGAUACAUCAACACAUAGGACACCAGAAAUGACCAGGUACAAUAACAUAGGUGUCACACAUUGAGGUAAAACAAUCAUGAAGGUUUUAAGUGUUGGUAGGGCACUGUAGAUAUGUAAGUACCAAAUCCAAUUUAAACCAUAGAUCCAACUCAGGAUUGGCUCUAGGUGUGGCAUAAGUAUAAACAAGGACAGAAAUGGGGUUUAAGUUUAUGAUAGCUGUUUUGGUAGAAUUGAUGUGUUCAUUGAUUACAUCAUAAUCCACUGUCUUCAGGUAGAUUUUUAAACAAGCAUAAACAGGUAAGGUAAUACCUUGACCAUGAUGAAUCCAAACAAUGUUGGUUGGAAUAUACACACACGCACACACGAGUAUAUAUAAUGUAACAUGGCUGUGAAGUUAUGGCAAUAGGCAUCACUCCAUAUGGGUUAAUGAGUUGUGCUCUAAUCUCUCUGCCUCACUUUUAGUAGUUAUAAGGAACAACCAAAAUACCUUAUAAAUCUAUUGGCACUAACAAUAUUGAAAUGUCCAACUGUCCAAAUUUUGAAAACCACAAAUAAACAAAAAUAAAAAUUAAUUAAUUAACAAAGAAGAAAAUCAAAAACAAACCCCCUUUGCAGUAUUGCAAGUGUAAGAAAAUGGAUGCAAAACUAAAAGACUUAUCCCCUUACACACAAACUCACAUUUUCUAUUUACAAAACAUUAAAUCUUACGUCUGCAAGUCAGCCUUCAUGUCUGUGAAGAUCCAAAGUGAUUUAACUAUUGUCUAUUGUUAUUUUUGAUAUCCAGUUAUAUCUUGUGCAAUAUUUUUUAUCAACUUGUAAUAAAGUAUUGUGUGUGUAUGUGUGUAAAUGUGUGUGUGUGUGUGAGUAUGCUGUAUCUUUUACUUUCUGUAUUAAAUAAUCAGAUUAA